AUGGAAGAAGAAGAAGAAGGACUUCCGGACCACUUGCGGUGCAAGAGGACUGAUGGGAAGCAAUGGCGUUGCAAACGGAGAGUGAAGGACAAUCUCAAGCUCUGUGAAAUUCACCAUCUCCAAGGCCGCCAUCGCCAGUACAAGGAGAAAGUACCGGAUUCUCUCAAACUUCAAAGGACCUGCAGGAAAUCGAUUGAAACGGAUUCAAACGUUGAAAAUCUCGUAAUUAGGGCCCCGAAAGCGGCGACACUGGCAAAACUAAUGAAGAGGAAGAAAUUGGCGGGGACUUCAGCGGCAUUGGAUGGGAUGCUCACUAGAAUGAAGAAAAAGAAAGGGAGUGUGCAGGUGGAGUUGAUAAGGAUGGUGCUGAGGAGGGAAGUGGAGAAGAGAGGAAAGAAAAAGGUUGUCCACAAGGCGAGGAAGAGGCUGAAGAAUCAAGGUAAUGGAAUUGAGUCAGAGGAGAACAGUGAUAAGGAAAUGACGAGACAAUUGCCCUAUGGACUUAUGGCAAUUUCUCCUUCUCCAUCCCCUCUUCAAUCUGGCAAUGAAGGUUCUUCUUGCGGAAUCAAGGUUGGGGCACAAUCAAGGCCGAUUCAACAACGACGAUUUCGGUCCAAGAAUGUCAAUAUUCUUCCAGUUGGCGAGUUGCAGGUUCUACCAAAUGGGCGUAAUGUGGGGAACUUGAGAAAAUCUAGGAGGAAGAAGUGCCACUGGUGUCAAGAAAGUAGUUCAUGGAGUUUAAUUCAGUGUUCGAGUUGUCAAAAAACGUUCUUUUGCAUAGACUGCAUCAGAGAUCGAUACUUUGAUACACAAGAAGAAGUUAAAAAGGCAUGCCCUGUUUGCCGAGGGAUUUGCCACUGUAAGGACUGUUCAAUGUAUCAAUCUUUGCACACAGAAUGUAAGGAUUCUUUGGGAGACGGCAUUGGAAAAAUUUUACGUUUCCAUUAUUUGAUUUGUGUACUUCUCCCUAUACUCAAACAAAUAAACAUAGAGAUGCACGCUGAGCUAGAAACAGAGGCCAUGGUAAAAGGAAUAGAACUUUCUGAAGUUGAUAUCAAGCAGGAUGAAUUUGGCAGUCUUGAACAUUGUUGUAGUAACUGCAAAACUGUUAUUGCGGAUCUCUAUAGAAGUUGCCCAAGUUGUUCCUAUAAUCUCUGCUUAAGUUGCUGCCAUAAUAUUUUUCUUGAGGAUUCCAAUGGAGUUCAUAACCUGCCUCUUUCAGAGUAUCUUGAUGGAAAGACAACCUUUCUGUCUGAUAAAACAAAACUUUUGAAAAACAAGAAGUUAAAUCCUAGUCCGUGGCUUCCUUCUUCCAAAUCAUUGCAUAAAGGGAGAGUUCAAAAUAGUGUUCAGCAUUUUUCUUGUCCGUCAAAAGAAUGUGUCAGCUGCAGUGACAGUCUUCUUGAAUUGAGAUGUAUUUUCCCACUAAGUUGGACUAAGGAACUUGAAGUGAACGCAGAAGAAAUCGUAUGCAGCUAUGACUUUCCAGAGUCUGUUGAUUCAUCAUCAAACUGUACUUUGUGCUUUGGUGAGGACCAUAAAGUUGAUGAACUUGAAGAGUUCCAGAAAGUAGCUGUCCGGGAGGAUUCAAAUGAUAACUAUUUGUAUUAUCCCAGCCUUUUUCGCAUCCGUCUUGAUGACCUUGACCAUUUUCAGAGGCACUGGAUUAGAGGUCAUCCUGUAAUUGUGCGUAAUGUACUGGAGACGUCUGAUCUGACAUGGGAUCCAGUAGUUAUGUUUCGCACUUACCUUGAAAGAAUCAUUUCGAGAUAUGAAAAUGGUACGAGUCUCUCAGAAGCUUCCAAUAACUUGGACUGGUGCGAGGUAGAAAUUGGCAUUAGGCAGUACUUUAUGGGUUCUCUUAAGGGGAAGACACACACAAACACUUGUAACAACAUGUUAAAAUUAAAAGGUUGCCUUUCUUCCCAUUUGUUUCAAGAGAAGUUUCCAGCUCACUAUGCAGAAAUAAUGCGAAUUCUACCGCUUCAAGAAUACAUGAACCCAAUGUCUGGUCUUCUGAAUCUAGCUACAAAGUUACCACAGGGAGCUGGGAAGCCUGACAUGGGUCCAUGUGUGUAUAUGGCUUAUGGAUGUUCCCAAGAGCAUGUUUUGACUGAUUCUGUCUCCAGAUUAUGUUAUGACUCGUAUGACGUGAUUAACAUUUUGGCCCACAGUACAGACGUCCCUGUUUCAACAGAACAACUUACAGAAGUUGUAAACUUGCUUCAAAGACAAAGGGCUCAAAGUGAGUCUUCCAAUACCUCUACUAAUCAGUCAAGUGUGGAGGAAGAAGAAUCUUGCACGGCUGGAGAAGAAACACCCUUCAUUAAGAGGUUUGCAAAAGUACCCUGUUUCUCUGCAUCCGCUGAGCAAGUGUUUGCUCAGGGUAUUAAACGGCCUAGUAUGAUCUCUGAUGGUGCAUGUGACUCGGAUCCUGAACCAUUAAUGCUUCAAUGCAAAUCUUCCCGAACUAAUGAGAUGCCAGGAGCUCCAAAUACGUUAAGACAACAGACACAUUCUGCCCUCAAUGAUGGAAACAGUACUUCAAAGUCUUGUGGUGCCCAAUGGGAUGUCUUUCGGAGGCAAGAUGUUCCAAUGCUAUCAGAGUACCUACGAAGGCAUUCUGAUGAGUUCAUUCAUAAGCAUGUUGUGCAUCCAAUUCUAGACCAGAGUUGUUUUCUGGAUGCAACCCACAAAUUAAGACUGAAGGAGGAAUUUCAAAUCGAACCAUGGACUUUUGAGCAAAAUGUUGGAGAAGCUGUCAUCAUUCCUGCUGGAUGUCCAUACCAGAUACGCAAUGGAAAGUCUUGCGUACACGUAGUAUUAGAUUUUAUGUCACCUGAAAGUGUUGGCCAAAGUAUCCAGCUGAUCGAUGAGGUUCGAUUGCUUCCCAAAAACCACAUAGCAAAAGAGAAGACAUUAGAGGUUAAAAAGAGAGCCCUCGAAACUAUAGAUGCAGCAAUUAAAAAGGUUCGGGAGCUUACAAAUGCACUGCAAGAAGUACCUCAUUGAUUAAGGUUCUUUUUUCCUUUUUCCCUUAACUUUUCAGUUCAGCAUUCUUUAUCUGCCAUUGGCAGUGGUUUCAUGUAUCGAAUUGGUUGAUUGAUACCUAUUUUGACAUGCUUAUACAAUAUCUCUGCCAUUCUGUUGUUCCAA